GGUCUGUGUCCAGGAUCUCCUGGCCCAGGGGCUGGGCAGCCAGGGGGUGCUGGCCCAGUUCGUGCUGGAUUUGCUUGCUGGGUGUUUGUGGGGGAUCCCAAAUCCUGUUAGCAGAGCAGGAGACACCUGGCUUGGUGUCUCACCCCCUUUGGCAUCACACAGGGCCUUCUGUGGCACCUCUCAACCCAGCAGCCUCCUCACCUUUGGGAUGCAGCUCAUGUGGGACUCUCCUGGGAAAGCCCUAGGAAAGAGAUCAAGCUUCCCUGCUGCAGGAAUCGAUUCCUGGGGAACGACACCAUCUACCCUAGAGGUGGGGCUGUUCCUUUUGCAUGUGGCCACGGCAGAGCCCAUGGGCACUGGGCAGCCCAUGGUGAGGCCAAGGAAAGACACAGGAGGGGAAGGUGAGAUUUAAGCUAGAAAAGGGACUAGAAAAGCAGCAAAGGACUUAACAAGCUCCUGGAGGGGAGACUUUCAGGCAAAGAGCAGUUGAAAAUAUCCCCCAUUAAAUACUCCUGAGGCAAAUCCUGCAGCUCUGCAGCUCAGCGUGGCCACUCUCCUGGUUCCCGUGGGGUUUUCCAUCCCUUCUGAAGCUCCUGCCUUCGUGGCUGAGAUGCUUCAGUGCACGUUCACUCUGUCCCUGGAAGAGGAGCCAAGGCUGGCAGCGAUGGAAGGGCAGCAGCUCCUCAGCAGCCCUGCUAACAAACCGAAAAGCAGCUAUUUUUAAUGAUUUUCCCUUUACCCUAACUCGCUGCCCCCUCUCGCAGGCUGCCCCGCUAGAGGGGGGUGUUCGCCAUGGACAACGGGCACACAAGCAGAUCCCACUGGAGCGUGGCCACCAGCCCCCCCCGCUGGGAGAUCGGCAUCUACGCGGCCGGAGCUCUGGCACUGCUGGGAAUUGCUGCCCUCAACCUCUGGAAGCUCUGGCGCUCUGGCAGCUACCCGGCCCCUUCCCCCUUCCCCAACUACGACUACCGGUACCUGGAGCAAAAAUACGGGGCAGCGUAUCUGCAUGUCAAACACAAGCGAGGGAUGGCCCUGGGCUCCCAGAGGGCACUGGAGAAGACCCCCCCCAGCCGCAGGACCAGCCUGCGGGCAGAUGAGACCUUCGAGAGCAUCAACGAGCUGGGGAGCCUGGAGCUGAUGAGCAAGGACUUGGCCCACUACGGCCCCUUGAAGAAAUCCAUCUCGGCCGACUCCCUCAGCUCCAUCUCCUCCAUCGGGAACAACUUCGGGCAGGACCUGGUGGUGGGGCAGGUGGAGGUGUCCCUGGAGUACGACGGGCAGGCGGCCGCCCUGCAUGUGACGCUGCUGCAGGGCAAGGACCUGCUGGAGAAGGAGGAGACGCGCUUCGAGUCCUGCUUCAUGCGCAUCACCCUCCUCCCGGCCGAGCAGAUCGUCGGCAUCUCCCGGAUCCAGCCCAGCGCCUGCUCCGUGGCCUUCGAGGAGCGCUUCUCGGUGCCGCUGGCGCCCUGGGCGCUGGAGGAGCAGGGGCUGCGUUUCGCCGCCUUCGGCAUCGACGAGGACGAGCGCAGCAGCGGGGCCGGGGUGGCCGAGAUCAAGCUCAGCGACCUGGACCUGGGCACCCGCCCCUUCAGCGCCUGGCUCUACCUGCAGGACGUCACCAAGGCGGUGGACACGGUGGGGGAGAUCCUGCUGUCCCUCAGCUACCUGCCCACGGCCGAGCGCCUGACGGUGGUGGUGGUCAAAGCCAAGAACCUGGUGUGGAGCAACGGCAAAGCCACCGCAGAUCCCUUCGUCAAGGUGUACCUGCUGCAGGACGGGAGGAAGAUCAGCAAGAAGAAGACAGCAGUGAAGAGGGAUGACACCAACCCUGUGUUCAACGAGGCCAUGAUCUUCUCGGUGCCAGCCAUCGUGCUGCAGGACCUGUCCCUGCGGGUGACAGUGGCCGAGAGCGGCGAGGACGGCCGCGGGGACAACACGGGGCACGUGCUGAUCGGCCCGGCCGCCAGCGGCACCGGCACCACGCACUGGAACCAGAUGCUGGCCGCGCUCAGGAAGCCCAUCUCCAUGUGGCACCCGCUCCGCAGGAACUAGGGUGCUGAGGAGGGGGAGAUCCCCCCCCCUCCCCAGCCCGGGGGUCUGCGCCCCGACACGGCUCUGCUGGGGGGCACAGCGGGGCGGGG